AUGGGGCGUGGUGGAGGGUCCGAGGCGGGCCGCAGAGCCCAGUGGCUAAUUCGCAGCGGCAUCUUGCUGGUGGUCCUGGGCCACUUGACCUUGGUGCUGGGGGCCAUCAUCCACGGCUCCCUCCUGCUCCACAUCACCCGGCCCACGCACACUAUCACCUUGGAGUACGCUGUGGCUAAUGUCAUUGCAGUGGCUUCUGGGCUGUGGUGGUUGGGCUACACAACCUCUACAUUGCUGGAUCCCAGCAGUGAAGCUGGCACCUCCUGUUCAGUGCCAAAGAACUAUCAGCACAUCUUGGGUUUAGCAUUUGCUGUCAAAGAGAUUAAUGAGAAUCCCAACAUCUUAGUAAAUAUCUCCCUGGGAUUCCACAUCCUCAACAGCUACUACUCUGCAAGGAUGACUUACAAGGCCACACUGAACCUGCUUUCUGCCCAACAUAGUUUUCUUCCCAACUUCAAGUGUCACACACAGAAAAAUCUGAUAGCUCUCAUUGGAGGAUGUAUCUCUGAAAUCUCAGCCAAUAUAGCCAUUGUUUCAGCAAGUCAGAAGAUUCCACAGGGGAAGGAGGAAGAAGAGAAGAAAACUUGCACUGGGGAGGAAAAGCUAGAAAGCAUUUCUGGAAUUUUGUUUGAAAUGAGCAUGACUGGCCACAGCUACAAUGUCUACAAUGCUGCCUAUGCUGUUUCGCAUGCUUUGCAUGCCAUAAAGAAAUACAGCUCCAAACACAAAAGAUUGAAAGAAGGAGAAAAACUGGCUUUUCUGAAUGUCCAGCCAUGGCAGUUCCAUCACUUUCUAAAGAGUAUCUUAUUCAAUAACAGUGCUGGGGAUACUGUGUGUUUUGAUGAAAAUGGAGAAUUAGUUACAGGCUUUGAUGUUACAAACUGGAUGAUGUUCCCCAAUGGUUCAAUGGUUAGAGUAAAACUUGGAAGACUGGAACUUCAGGCUCCUCUAGGGAAAGAGUUAACCAUUCAUGAUGACCAAAUUGUCUGGCAUCAAAGCUUUAAUCAGGUGCUGCCUCUUUCUGUGUGCAAUGACUACUGCUAUCCUGGCUACAGCAGGAAAAAGAAAGAAGGAGAGUUAUUCUGCUGCUAUGAUUGUGCUCCGUGCCCGGAAGGGAUGAUCUCUAACAAGAAAGACAUGGAUGCUUGUAUCAGUUGUCCAGAAGACCAAUAUCCCAACAAGGAACAGAAACAGUGCAUCCCUAAGGUUCUAAGCUACCUAUCCUACAAAGGAAGUUUAGGGGUCAUCUUAACUAUAUUGGUUAUUUCUCUUUCUUUGGUCACAGCUUUAGUACUUGGGACUUUUGUGAAGCACAAGGACACUCCCAUAGUUAAAGCUAACAAUAGAAUCCUCACCUACAUCCUCCUUAUCUCUCUCCUCCUCUGCUUCCUCUGUUCCUUGCUCUUCAUUGGACAACCUGGAAAGGUGAUCUGCCUUUUGCGACAAACAACUUUCAGCAUCAUCUUCUCUGUAGCUCUUUCCUCUGUGUUGGCAAAAAACAUCACUGUUGUUUUUGCAUUCAUGGCAACCAAACCAGGACUGGGAAUGAGAAAAUGGAUAGGGAAAGGUCUGGCAAAUUUGAUAAUCCUUUCCUGCUCCUCUGUUGAAGCAGGCAUUUGUACCGUUUGGCUAUUUACUUCUCCUCCAUUCCCAGAUAUGGACAUGCACUCAGUGAAUGGAGAAAUCAUCCUGGAGUGUAAUGAGAGUUCACCUACCAUGUUUUACUGUGUCUUAGGCUAUAUGGGCUCCCUGGCAAUUACCAGCUUCAUUGUGGCUUUCCUUGCUAGGAAAUUGCCAGAUAGUUUCAAUGAAGCCAAGUUCAUCACUUUCAGCAUGCUGGUGUUUUGCAGUGUUUGGUUAUCAUUUGUUCCAACCUACCUGAGCACCAAAGGAAAAUAUAUGGUGGCUGUGGAGAUCUUCUCCAUCCUGUCCUCCAGUGCUGGGUUACUGGGUUGCAUCUUUUCCCCUAAAUGCUACAUCAUUGUGCUGAGGCCUGAUCUGAAUAGCAAGGAGCAACUAAUAAGGACAAAAAUGAAAUAA